UUACUGUUCGUCCGAUAAGGUAGCAAACUUGUCACGUGACCUCCAACGGCAAAAAAAAUAAAGCUAAUAGCACUUUUAUGUUUAAGUUGAUUCACUACAAUUUAAUGACUUCGUCGUUGAGUUUUUUGAUACACAACUUACCUGGGCUGCUGGCAGCUCUAUUUUAUGCCUUUGUGUCUGGUUCUAUGUCAUUUAUGAAUAAAGUUAUUUUAACUUCAUACCACUAUGAUUAUCCUGAUGUUAUAAUGCUUUUUCAAGUUGUAUUGACUGCUAUAGUUGUUGACUUGUGUCGAAUGACAAAUAUAUGUAAAAUACCUCCUUGGACAUUUCAAAGGAGUAGGGAGUUUUUCUUCCCCAGUUUAUGUUUUGCACUUCACACAACACUUGCAUUAGCUGCACUAAGUGGUUUAUCUAUUCCUAUAUAUAAUGUCUUGCGACGAAUGCUACCACUUGCCACCCUUUUAACAGCUCACUUUGUUUUAAAGAAAACACCUUCUUAUGGAAUCAUUACUUCUGUACUAAUUAUUGUUAUCGGAACAGUUCUAGCAGGUUUGGGAGAUUUAAAGUUUCACUUCAGUAGCUAUUGUAAUGGCUUACUCAGUGUGGUUGCUCAAGCUACUUACCUGACGUAUGUUCAAAAAACAGGUGUAGAAGAUAAUACAUCAGCACUUUCUGUCUUACAUAUUAAUAGUAUCAAUUGCAUUCCUAUGAUGUUAAUAUAUACAACUAUCAAUGGUAAACUUUUAGAGUCUUUCAGUUUUUCGGGUUUUAAAAACGAAAAUGACAGAACAAGUUUUAUUGUUGCAUUUGUUGCAAAUAUUAGUAUGGGCUGUGUUCUUAACUAUUCUUUAUUUUUAUGUGCUACUUUAAAUUCAGCUUUAACAACAAGUCUUAUUGGUGUCAUUAAAGGCGUACUUACAACUUUAGUUGGCUUUUUAACGUUUGGUGGACAACCUAUCACAUUUAUGGUAGUUACGGGCGUAACAUUAAACGCCAUCGGCGGAGUUCUUUAUACUGCUGUGAAAUAUUUUGAAAAACGUAAGCAAUCUUCCAAUGUACACACGACUCACGAUCAUCAAGCCGCUUAGUUUUUGGCUUCUUGUUGCUUUUGCUGUAUUUAAUUAAAUAACCUUUUUUUAAUAAUUUACAUAAUUUAAAUAGAGAAAAAACAAAUUUCUCCUUCAUACAAUUAAAUUAUGCAAUAAUUUAUAAAUAAUUAGGUUAUGCAAUAAUUUAUUACGUUAAUAAGGGGAUUAUAUUUAUAAAAAAGUAUUUAUUUUUUUUGGAUUGCAUUACCAACAUUUGGUUUUUGAUGUACAUUUUUUUUUUUUUAGGAAAAAAAUUUUUAAUGGCUUUUUGAUGAUUAUUUUUUAA